AUGAGCUGGAGCAACGUCGGCUCCAAGGCUGCUGCAUGCCUAGCCAGACAAGCUGGUGUCGAUGCGCCUCAUCUUCAGGUGAUAGUCCAAAGGCAUUCGUUGCCUCGCCACCUCUUUUACCAACCGCGUCGCUUCAAGCUCUGUAGCCCUGGUCAGAAGCUUGGAUUCUCCACAACUUCAGCCUCACAAGCGUCCGCGGACUCAAAGGGCAAGUAUGCAGGCGCUUCGAGCGCUGAUGCCUCCCAGAUUGACAGUAAGAUUACUUCAUCUGUGAAGGUCACGGACAGUAGGAGCGGUCAACCAGCUACCAGCAAUGCUGCAGAGCGAUCGUCCCGCACACCACAGGUUGAUGAUGUGCUGAAGGCCGACGACAACAGCCAAAGCGCAAAGCAAUCGUCAUCUUCCUCCAAUAAGGCUUCGUCGAGCUCUGAGCAGGCGUCAUCGCAGCAGCAGCAGCAGACGUCUUCCACUAAUUUUAGGCAACAAGAUGUUCAAUCAAGCGCAAGCGGCCAACAAACUUCCAACGCCGCAGCAGCCAGCACUGGCCCUGCGACCGGAGAGGAUCUGUUGAAGCAGCGAUUCUUCCAUGCUCAGGAGCAGAAUAAGAGGGUCUAUUCCGGUCUCACGUCGCCUCCAAAUCCCGCAGCCCUUUAUCCGUCAUUUACCACACCUUCGUCUGACCAGAGCCUCCUACCACCUGGAACGUCUUCCGGUUCGACGUCCACUUGGUCGUCACCAUCGUCUUCGUCAGCAUCUACGGACGAUUCACAGCAGACAACAAGCACGUCUUCGUCUUCGUCGGAUGCAUCAGGGACUCCACAGCCGACCACUCCACCCUCUGGCGAUGCGGGCGGCGACGUCGAAUUCGACCAGAGACUCCACCGACAUGUUUCACCACAGUCGCUGCAGAGUCUCCAGGUGCCCUUUGACACACAUGGAUUUGUCAAGCGACUGGAAGCAGGUGGCUGGAUCUCGACGGCGACCAGGAUGCAACGCGCUGCGGCCAAUGUCAAGACUGUCAAGGGUAAGCAGAAUCAAAUCAAAUCUAGCGCUCACGAACUCCAGCUCCAAAUUGCGCGCCGACACGACCCAGCAGAGGCCAUCAUGGAAGGCGUUCGACACCUCAUCACAACCCGUGGUCGGCAGCUGGCACAUGCCUGCCUUAACAAAAGCGAUGUUGAGAAUCAAGCCUACCUAUUCAAGGCGGCCUUGUCCGAGAUCCGCACCGAGGUGCAGGUGCGAGGCAGGAACGACGCCGCUGGGUUGCGAAGCAUCACUACCCUCCUUCAGCGCGAAGUGGAUGCGCUCGAGCAAAAGAUGAAGGAAGACGUCGAGCGCCUCAAGCACGAUAUCCAGGUCGACAUGAAUAAUCGCAAAGCCGAGUCCAAAGAGGAACAGAACAACCUUGAACAAGAGAUUCAGGACCUUAACAACCGUUUCACGAUCAGUCUCUCGGAUCUCAAGACCGAGAUCGAGCAGAAUGUCAAGUGGGACGCGACGAGGCGUAGUCUUUUCUUGGUGUUUGGGAUUGCUGCUAUCGUUGCUGCCAAUCUUGCAAUCGCCGACUAUCUGACCAGAGAUGACGAGGCAGUCAAAGCGGCUGCCAUCAAAGAGCCUGUCAAUGCAGGCAUUCCGCCAGCAUCCGCAUCGCUCGGCUGGGCUACCGAAGGUCGUAUCCUUUCGGUCUUGCCAAUCAUGCUGCUGAAACCCAGUAGUCGCCUUGUGGCAACAAGCCAACGCGUAUGCCGAGAUUUGCGUCGUUACCUUUUGUGUCAGUUGCCUGCUGUCGCUACUGCCGGUCUGCACACUGCCUCUCACCGAGUUGCUCAACAGCACGCAAGAGACUGCGGCGACUGGCGCGCAGCAUUGGCUGGGUCAGCUGAGCCUCGUCGUUCCCUGAGCUCUACGGCAGCUCUCAACAAGAGUCCGACGAACGAGCUUCGCAUUCCCGACUCUGACAUUGUCAUUCGUCUGCUCUCGGAUGGAGUCUCGAUCGAAUCGCAGCACCUGGGUUUGCAGCCCUUCCGAUUUGACCAUGUCUGGCUGCGUGAUGCCUGCCAAGCGCCACAGUCGGUUCACCCGAGCAAUCGUCAGAAACUCUUCCACACCAGUGAUGUACCUCUUGAAGUCGCCCUUCUCGAUCCAGAACACCCACCGACACUGAUCACAUCAGGAGACGAACCAGCACUUCGACUCACCUUUGCGAAGGAACAUGCUGUUGUCAAUGCAUUUACUGCUACCUUCGGCGAGGCCAAACAGGCCGACGCACCACACACUUCCGACUUUCCUAUAUCGUUCUUGCUCCGCCAUGCUGUCGAAACAUUCUAUGCUGACACGCAUAUGGAUGUCAUGGCCGUACCGGAAUACUGGGCUGCCAAGGACCUGACCCAUUUCAAGUCGACGCCCUGGUCGCCUGACGCACCGCUGGCUUCUGAUGCUGUUGAGAGCGGAGCGGGUGCUCGACCGGCACGCAUCCCUUGGGAUGCUAUCCGGCCAAAUGAUGACCCUGACUCCACCGAACUAACUGAAGCGCGGUACGCCCUGACCGAGGCCAUCAUUCGCGAUGGAUUCGCGUUCGUCACCCGACUCCCCACUGACACGACCGCGACCGAAGAGGGACCCCAGUCUGCACGCCUUCGAGAGCUGGCAAACAUCAUGGGCGAGCUGCGCAACACCUUUUACGGUCUGCUUUGGGAUGUCCGGUCUAAAGCAGGUGCACGCAACAUCGCAUACACCAAUCUUGACCUGGGCCUCCACAUGGACCUGCUCUACUUUCAAAACCCGCCCCGCUUCCAGUUCCUUCACAUGCUCAGGAAUAAGGUGCGUGGUGGCGCCAGUAUUUUUGUUGACAGUUUCAAGGUUGCCGAGCGAAUGUGGGAAGAGGACCGCGAGCUGUGGGAGGUCUUGACCAAAGUGCCCGUUGGAUUUCAUUAUGUCAACGACGGAAGACAUUACCGUUUCACGCACCCAACGUUCGAACUUGCACAUGACACCGAGGGGCAUGCAGGUGGUCCGCUGGCUGGAACCACCAUGCCAAGGCUGAGCGCGGUCAACUACUCGCCACCGUUCCAGUCGCCGAUCCCUCUGCAUCCGACCAAGCAUCUCAAGACCCCAGAGCAGAGGCAGACAUUCUAUCUUGCGCUCAAACGCUUCUCGGAUCUGACGCUUGCCGAAGAAUUCAGGUACGAGAAGCAAAUGGAGGAGGGAGAGUGCGUCAUUUUUGACAAUCGACGUGUAUUGCACUCCAGGAAAGGGUUCGAAUGGGAUGAGAGCAAUCCAGGUGAGAUCAAGCGUUGGCUCAAGGGCUGCUAUGUGGAUGGUGAUGCCAUUUGGAGCUUGUACAGGACGCUGCGCACCAAAGUGCGUGGGCGAACCCCGCUCACGGCGUCAAACCUUGGUCGUCGAUCCUUCACCUCUUCUAGCACUCGUGCUGCUGCCGCUUCGACUUCUGCAUCGACUCCUACCGCAGCUACUACUGCAGUGACCGAAGCUGACAUGGAUGUAGCCUCGUUCGCACCCAUCUCUGACGAUCCCACCGUCGUUGACCUUCGCUCUCUCGGCGGCCUGCGAUCGCGCGAGCCUUCCACCUCGUUUUCUGCCUUCCGCCCCGUGCCACCGCUUUCCACGGCAACGCUUCCCAAACUCUACAAACAACUCUCCAAAUCGCGCCUUACCUUUCUCGUCGUCCUCACCGGCAUGGCAGGUUACGCACUGUGUCCAGCUUCGCUCACCGUCGCGGUUGCCUCUCCCGUCACCACUCUGCUCGCCCUCACCGCCGGCAUGACUCUCUGCUCUGCAGCAGCAAACGCACUGAACCAGCUUGUCGAGUCGCCAUACGACGCCCAGAUGCAACGUACACGAGCACGACCUCUCCCAUCUCGUUCCGUCACGCCUCUGCACGCGUUCACGUUCGCCUCUGUAUCCGCAGCUUCCGGCGUCGGUUUGCUCUUGACAACGGUCAACCCACUUACCGCGCUGUUGGGCGCGGCGAAUGUGGUCCUCUACUCGUUUACCUACACACCCAUGAAGCGGAGCACGAUUGCCAAUACGUGGGUCGGAGCUGUGGUUGGCGCGCUACCACCGCUUAUGGGCUGGGCCGCAUGCACGGGCACGUUGCACACCUCGACUGAUGUAGGAGGUUGGUCGCUCGCAGCGCUGCUGUUCGCAUGGCAGUUCCCACACUUCAACUCUCUCGCACACACCUUGAGGGCCGAAUACGCAAGAGGCGGGUACCGGAUGAUGGCUGUUACCGACCCGGCGCUCAACAGGAGGGUCUCGCUGAGGUACGCUGUAGCUCUGUUGCCCAUUUGCACACUCAUGAUCCCGCUGAGUGGGAUUGUGAGUCCCGUAGCCUACGCCGUGCUCAGUACGCCUUUGAAUCUGUUGAUGGCACAUGCGGCGUGGAAAUUCUACCGCGAGCGAACGGUUAAGUCGGCCAGAUGGUGCUUUUGGGUCAGUCUCAUUCAUUUGCCCGCUGUAAUGCUGCUGGCCAUGGGUUGUAAGCCCGAGGUAUGGGACGGUCUGUACCGCUUCUUUGGUUGGUCCACCGAAAGUUCCGGAGAAAGUCAAGAGAAGCUCGUCUGA